CAUUUUUGGCGUCUAGCUCGAAUGUGUCGCUACAUUGCAUUGCCAGAUGUGCUGAUUUGUUCGCUUCUCAAAUGGCGACUUUGGCGGUCCCUAAUCCUCUCCUUCCCUCGAACCCCCUUCGCUGUUUGAUUGAUUCUCCUCCCUCGUCGUGUCUGACUUGUGGGCACAACUGCACAACGGGGCCUGCUGCACAAGGGACUACUGUAUUGCGUUGGUGGUAACCCGUUUGGGGGGGUUGAAAUUUGAAGACCGCCAAAUGAACGCCGAAACAAUCA